AUGCAGGUGGAAGUGAAGACCUGGCUUCGUCGCAACGCUCUGCUAGGUGCGAUGAUGAUCACUGACUGGCUUGAUUAUGCUGUCAGGAGGCGAAUGUGGCAAAAGGUGAUAACAGAGAAGGAGUUUGAUGCGGAAUGGGAAGAAGAAAGGAAGGACAGCAAAGCUUGCAAGAAGAGCCUCUCUUACAUCUUGCGCAUAAAAGAGCGAGCAGUGGAAACCUGGGGCGAGGAGAACGCUCUGACCCUCUUUCGGUUUCCUAUCAGCAAAUGCAGUUAG